AUGAGCAUCCUGCUGCCCAACAUGGCGGAGUUCGACACCAUCUCCGAGCUGGAGGAGGAGGACGACGACGACGCGGCCGCCGUGUCCUCAGGCCUCGACGACGACUUCGACGAGGAUUUCGACGAGGACGAGGGGAACGAGGACGGCGACGAUCUGGAGCUGCAGCAGCCGCUGCCGCCGCCGGGCCGGGUGGUGAGCGAGGAGCACCUGCGGCGGCUGGCGCCAGACCCGGUGACGGUGCGCGGCACGGGCCACAUCACGGUGUUUGGCUUGAGCAACAAGUUUGAUACUGAAUUUCCCUCAGUUCUAACAGGGAAGGUGGCCCCAGAAGAAUUCAAGACCAGUAUUGGCCGUGUGAACGGAUGCUUACAGAAGAACCUUCCGGUCAGCAUUAAGUGGCUGCUGUGUGGAUGCCUGUGUUGCUGCUGCACCCUGGGGUGCAGCCUGUGGCCUGUGGUUUGUCUUAACAAAAGAACAAGAAGAUCAAUUCAGAAGUUGUUGGAAUGGGAAAAUAACAGAUUAUACCACAAGCUUGGUCUGCACUGGAAGUUGAGUAAAAGGAAAUGUGAAAGUAGUAACAUGGUGGAAUGUGUAAUCCUAAUAGAAUUCCUACCAAAGUAUCCCAUAUUCCGACCCGACUAAAGCAUCAUAAUCCAAUCACUUUCACAUUACCUGUCAUUUUCUACCCUUAGUGCCUUGUUAGAUGAUUUUGGAAAGGAGAUGGUCUAUUUUGUUGUGUUCAGAAUGUUAUAAUGCUAGCUAGAAUAGUCUCCUUACUCAGUUAUUUUUGUUGGUUUAAGAAGAAAGCAAUUUGCACAUUUUUUUCCCCUGUUAAAUGAGGUUUGUGUUUUCCACUCAGAGUUUUUAACGUGAACAAUAGUUUCCACUAAGGAUCUAACAUCAGUGCUGAUUUCAAACAAACAGAGCUUAUCCUGAGCAUGCUGCCUUUUCAUUUGUAUAGCCCUUGUCUCUUUCUCAAUAUGUUUCAUUUGUCUAGGACAUUCUUUCAAAGCACUGUGUUCCUGUAAACCCUUACAGAUAAGCUUUUGGAAACCAGAGCUCAUUUUACUGUACCCUGCUUGCAAAGGGCAUGCAAUCGAUAGCACUUUGCAAAAUCAUCACCUAUGUUAGUGAGUUGGCUCCUUAAGCCCUAACUUAGGACUUGUAAAUAUUGCCUCCUUGCUUAAUCUAAACUGUGAUAUGCCAUGGUUUCCAGAAUGUAAAACUACUUUUACUGCAUUGCCAAUGAGUCUGCGUAGAUUUGGAAACUAUGAAUGACAUUUGGAAGCAUCCUCUUGAUUGUAUAGACCUGUAUAUGCCAGCUUAUGGCCAAGCCGUAACAAAUUGUCUUGGCAUUGUUCAGGUGUUAAUCUAAGUUGUCUGUUGUAACCAGUAGACUUAAAAUGCAUAACCGUACUGAUGUUCUGCACUGUUCCUGAAACAAAAACCUUAGUUUGGAAAAGUUGGACUACUUGUUUACACACACACACACACACACACACACACACACAGAGAAUACACACUUCCCUGUGCCAUCCAGGACAUUUUGCGGCCCCCUUCUACCUUGCUUUUUUUUCCCCACACAAAUUUCUCUGCCCUUAAUGACAUCAGCCAUGUCCCUGCCUCUCUCUUUACCUUUCCCCUGUCAGGAAAAAAGAAGACAAAACCCUAGGUCCUCCCCUAUACAUUUGGUGCCUCAUAACAGUGUCUGGGGGAGUUGGGAAGGCAUCAUUGUGAGCCACUGACCACUGCUGUCUGGACUUUGGGUGCUCUGCUUAGCCUGAAAUGGAGAAGCUACAGUUUAAGAUUAGACAGUAGUUGAUUCAGAACCGAUUGAGGGUCCCAAAUCUGUGUUUAAGGGCAUUUUUUUCAAACUGCCCCAAACGAGAAAUUUGAAAAUUAUUUGAAACAUUUGGAUACUAGCAGUAAUUCAACGCAUGUAUUUAGCUAGAGCUCUUUGUAGCUUCUGCAUUCUCCAUGUCAGGGUACCCAGUUGGGCCCUGGUUAAGUGUGAGAGGAAGGAACCCCGUUCCCUAACUCCUCUAAAGUUUAAAAAUGAAAUAUUAGGAGGCCCAGAUCAAAUUAAUAAGGUUACAUAGGGAGAUGCACAGUGAUAAGGAAUGAGCAUCUAGAAUUGAGCAGCAUUGUUUGGUCCAUGGUGUUCAUGAUAGUGGCCAUCAGGAGCCCUUUAGGCACAAUUUCUGUUAGAGACCAUAAAAGGCCAAGAUUGUUUCAUCCAACUGUCAUGUUACAGAUAUUUUGUUCAGACUCCCUCCUGCCUUUACUUUCAGCUCUAUUCUCUUCCCUUUCCCCCUCAAAAAAGCAAAAUAAAAAUAUACUUAUGUGUGCCUGCUAAUAAUUACAUGUUUGCCUACUGCAAAAUGAGAGGUUCAUUUGCCAAGGUAGUAAAGUGGACACCUCUGAAAAUUCAUCUAACACGUUUUGUUUCCCUGUGGAGGUUAGGGAAAACUGUGGUUUCGUUUCCAACCAGCAUCAUCCAAAUGACGCCUUUUUAGACUGUGACAUUUGAAUACCAAAAAUUGGUUUCCAGCCUAGUGUGAAAUUUCUGGUUCUCAUUAAUAUAAUAAUAGCUGUGGAGUGUUAACCUCACAAGUCUCAUUUUCUUUGAGGAACUGAAAUUUGGUCAGUCCCUUUGGCUGUCAUUUUUAUAACCCACAUCACCCACCCGCCCCACCUUGGUUUUGUCAGAAGAAUGACAGCAAGUUUGGAAUUGUUUCCAUGAAACAUGAAACACGUAAGUGUAGAUAACCAGGAGCAGAAGUUAUCCAGGGUGAGGGAAGCCUGUGGCAAGGGAGGAGUGAGUGUGGGGUGCAGAGUCUUGUGCUAGCACAGAGAGUUAAUUGUGAAAAAGGACUUUGAUAGCUUUAUAAAAGUAAUUCUCAUGCUGCCGUUCAUUACAUUAGAAUUGACUCAUGGGCUCAUCUCAUUUUCUUAAGUUAUCCAGACACUACCUACCCAGUUUUCUUUCUUGAGAUUUCUCUCAUUUUUGGGUUUGCUUGUGUUUUCAAAUGGUUUUUCUUUGGAGGAGUCAGACAAAAAGUUAGGUGUAGUCGAGCAUUUGGAGGAUUUUGUUUUCUUUUCAAUGACAUUGUCACAAUGGUUUAUUGAUAGAUGAUGACACUGGAGUGCUGUGGUUGCUCAUUGCUUCCCCAGACAGAGUUAGAACUCGGUUUUCAUUGAUUCCACCAGGAUCUGUCCUUUGGGUUUGUCACAUUUUGUGAAAGGUAGGGCCAGACUGAGGGAAUUCCAAAGGAAUUGCCUGCUCAUGCAGCUAGCUGCCCUUUUCACAAAACAGUGCCAGGAGAAAGUUCAAAGUAAUGUUUCCUUACCCACAGCCUGGAGAUCUUUUUGCCCAAGAGGCCGCAGGAUAUUUGUCCUUCCCCAAGCUCAUCUUUCCUGCCUUCUCUUCUUGCCUUCCUAUCACAUUUCUUUUUUUCCCCCCAACUCUCUCUCUCUCCUUUCUCCCUUGGACACCCCCUUCCCCACUUUGAGACAGUACACUGUGUGUGCUUCUCUACUCAAUGAGACUUAUAUCUUCAAGGACAGAGAGGGUAGGAUGGAUGGAUGUCCUUGCCCACCCCUCCCUCCCCCAGUCCUGGGUGGACAGUUUGGUCCAACUGAUUAUGUUUCGGUUUUGGUAGAAGGGAAACUGUUUAUAUGGUUUUGCUAGCCAAUACAGGCAAGUGUUCAUUCAUUCCUCGGUUAUAGUUCUCCUGGUCAGGGGGUCAGGGGUGCUUCAUGCCUCACGUCUCCCAUCCUCCCUUCCCUGUGAUAGAUUAGGAUUACAACCAUAAGAGUCCACUAGCAGAGGUUGGUGGACCUCUGUUGUGUAAAGGUGUUGUUGGAAAAGUGCCUUGUCUGUCUUGAGUAAAGCUAUUAGGCUGAAGUUGGGGGCGGGGGAGAAGCAAAACAAAUUGGUCGAUAGGACUAUAUACAAAUAGGCUAAAAAAAAGUCACCCUCUUCAAAUAGCUAUAAACCAUCUGACUAGAUUAUUCUUUUCUUGUUUAAGGUCUGUUCUUUGGGAGGUUUUUUUGAGGGGAAAAUUCAGUCAUAUGGUGAAUGUCAGUGUCAGAAAAUAUUGGCAGUUCACUAAUAUUUGCCCUCCACUCCCCCGAGGAAGUUUCAUUUCCAUGUUGCCCCAUAAACCAGUGUUCAGGCUAAUUCUUGAGCAUGGGAAAGUGGCAUUGUACCUCCUUUUGGAAUAAAGAGAAGCCCUGGGAAAUUGAGCCUUGUAUGAGUGACCACUGACAAGUCACUUGUAGAUACAUUGCCCGACUUCAAGCAAUAACUCCCACUGUUGUUAGUUGUGAUCAGCAAUAUUUGCUAUUUCUACUGAGUUGUGUUUGAAAUACUUUUUUUUUUAAGGU